UAAAUUUUUUAUUGAAGCUUUCCAUUUUCAUGGCAAAGGAUCAGAUUGUAAGUACCAUGUUCAGGUUCCAUAGUUUGUACCGCAUAAUUGCAACCCUUUCUGUAUUUUCCUUCAUUUCAAUCUUCUGUUGGUGUCAGUUUUCCAGCAAAUGUUAUUCCAUGAACGUUAUAAUGAUGCAAAAGGCAAAGGAAAGCAUUGAUUUGCUUACAUUCCCUUAUGCUUGGAAUGUUCUUUCUUUUCCUGCUGGUCCUCCCUCACAGAUCCUUAAAAUUGGUGUUUUUGUGAAGAAAUGGCCUCACAGGUCUCAUGCAGGUGGGCUUGAAAGGCAUGCUUUGACCCUUCACCUUGCUCUUGCCAAAAGAGGCCAUGAAUUGCACAUUUUCACCACUUCUUCACCAAAUUCCACUUUUCCUACGUAUCCAUUUCCCAACUUGGUUUUUCACCUUUCAAGGCCAACAUCUGGUGGAUAUUUGGACCAAGCUGUUGUAUGGGAGCAAUUCCGAGCUCAAAACUCGACCGGGAGACCGUUUGAUGUCGUCCACACCGAGAGCGUCGGGCUGUUGCAUACUCGAGCGAAGAAUGUGCCGAAUCUAGCUGUUAGUUGGCACGGAAUCGCUUAUGAAACCAUUCAUUCGGAUAUCAUCCAAGAGCUUCUCCGUAGUCCGGAAGAACGACAGGCUACCAUGAUGACCGAAAGAGCGAUGAAAGUUGUGGAAGAGGUGAGGUUUUUUCAAAGAUAUUCUCACCAUGUUGCUACAAGUGAUCAUGCUGGGGAUGUCCUAAAAAGGAUAUACAUGAUCCCGGAAGAACGAGUCCACAUCAUCCUCAACGGAGUCGAUGAGGAGAUUUUCAGACCCGAACUCUCUCUUGGAAUCGAUUUUAAACGGAAGUUCGGCAUCUCGAAAAGUAGGUCAUUGGUAUUGGGAAUUGCAGGGAGGUUGGUGAAAGACAAAGGGCACCCUUUGAUACAUGAAGCUUUAAAGCAAAUCUUCAUGGAAAACAAGAAGUUCCAACAAAGUGUUACUGUUCUUGUUGCUGGUGAUGGUCCAUGGGGUGCUAGAUACAAAGCUCUAGGAGCCAAUAUACUCGUUUUGGGUCCAUUGGAACAAGCUCAACUAGCCAAGUUCUAUAAUGCAAUCGAUAUUUUCGUGAAUCCGACUCUCCGAGCACAAGGAUUGGAUCAUACUCUGUUGGAAGCAAUGCUCUCUGGGAAACCGGUAAUGGCUACACGAGUCGCCAGCAUCACGGGGUCGGUAAUUGUUGGACCAGAAUCAGGUUACACUUUCUCACCUAGUGUGGAGUCCUUGAAAAAGACUCUGUAUAAAGUUUGGAAUGAUGGCAGAGUGGUGUUGGAGAAUAAAGGCAAGGCUGCUAGGCAAAGAGGGCUGCAAUUGUUCACAGCAACCAAAAUGGCAGCUGCAUAUGAAAGACUGUUUCUAUGCAUAUCAAGGGAACAAUAUUGCAAAUACCAAAAGUAGCAAUGUUGGUUUCAUAUUCAUGUGGUAUCUGACUAUGUUACUUAAACUCGAGUAACUGUUAAAUAUAAGUAUGUGUGUUCAACAUGGGAUUGUUCAGACCAUACCGUGCUCAUAUUUGAACAUGCAUAAGGAUGGAUGUUGGAUACUGUACUUUUAAGGAGAAUAAAAAGUUACGGGAACAUAGAUCCGGAUUCCUGACCGUUCGGAGAUCGAGGGAAUUAAGAAAAUUUUCGACAAAGCCAAACUGCUUGUUUUCCUGAAGGUCCAUGACAUGGAUGUAUAUUAAAUAUUUUUGUUGAAAAUUUUGUGAUAAACUUCUUUUAGUGUUUUGAACUUAUGGGGCUAUAUUUUCUUUUCAGCCAGACAUAUAAUGGAAGCUGACAUGUAUGAACAUAGAUUGGGUAUCUAUAAAUU